AUGUUCGGCAAGCCAUUAUAUGAAGCCAUAUUUGUCAACUUGGCGGGAUCUUAUGUCGAGGAGCUGAAUAGUGGCAAGACAACGGUGAUCUCUAGUGCCUGGGGUCGAGUCAUGCAAGCACAAUGUCAUGGUGCACUUGAAAUUGCUGUCAAGUGCUACAAGGCGGAGCUGCAGGCGAAAGUACGCAGAUACGUGUCAGCUAAAAAGUUUGAAAAAGAUGCUACCUUUAAAGUGAUUGGAUACGAAAAAGAAGUUAAAUGGUGGGUUCAAAACAGCGGACAAAGGCCAAGAAAGAACCGUCAUGUUCGACAACAUGAAAACCUGUGA